UGUUAAUUUCAGAACUUUCUAAGCCACUUGAUAUUCUUCCCUUACUUUUAAAGUUGAUUACCAAUGGCAGGUGUGAUGGAAUGCCCUCAACGAAUGGUUUCAGUAGCGUUGACUGUGAUGGUAAUAAUAACAGGAGUUGCAGAGUAUGGCGGUGUGGCUGCUCAAUCUUCAGGAUGUGCAACUUCUCUGGCAACAUUGUCUCCCUGUGGGAUAUAUCACAAGUAAUAUGUCCAACCCAGCUCCAUCACAGGGCUGCUGCACUGCCUUAUCUUCUGUAGUACAAAGCACUGCAAUGUGCCUCUGCCAGCUGUUCACUACCACCAAUCCAUUGGGCACUCCCAUUAACCAAACAAGGGCUCUCGCUCUACCAGGCGCUUGCAAAAUUAUCACUCCACCUCUCAGUCAAUGCAAUGCUGCAGGGGCUCCAGCUGCUUCUCCAUCUACAGGUUCUAGUGCACCCACAGCAACAGAAACUUCUCCUUCAUCUUCCCGAUCAACUCCAAAUGCAGUGUCUCCCUCAUCCAACUCACCAUCUUUACUUCCUCCCACAGCUUCUGUAGGAGGUAUUUCACCAACAGCCAGCGAGAAGCCAACAUCUAAGGCAGGAGCCCUUUUCACACCAUCCACCAUUAUUAGUGCUUUAGCAGUAGCAAUGGUAGCGAUCAGUAUUUGUUGAACAUCUUUCUUCUAUAUCUGCGUUGGAUAUUGUAAUAUGGACCCGAGUGUACAUUGUGGAGUGCAUAGAAGUCUUUCAGCGACUUCCUCCCAUUUGGAGAGUUGUCUAUCAGAAUUGGUAUUCUUUCUGGGUUUUAUGUGCUGUGUGCACAGUAUUACGUUGGUGAUAUUUUAUAGCUAUUCUUUUGUCCUUAAUAAAUAAGGAUAUAUGAAUCCACUGUAAAUGUCCAUACCGUUGGACCUGAAUCAUAUUUAUGUAUGCUGUAGUAUAUUUUAUUUUAUUUUUUAAAAUUAUAAACAAGAUUACAAUCUCCGCAGUGCGGGUAGAAAGUAGCAUAUUCAUGAAACCACAAUUUGGUAUCAGAGAUAGAAACCUGAUUUGUCUAGCAGUUGUGUAGUUU